UAUGAUUGUUCAGAGGCAAGGUUUCUGAAACAGAGUAACGUUUUAUAUGAGCUCGACGGGAUCCAAAAAUGUCGACUAGUUCAGCUCUCAGCAGCUAUUAUGUGGACUCUAUUAUGGGUCACGACACGGAGGAUGUGUACGGAGCGCGUUAUGUCCAGGGCCCACACACUGUGAGGCCGUCAGGUGUGGGGGAAAAUGCGGACUUCUCGUCGUGCAGCUUCGCUCCCAAGUCAGCCGUGUUCCCUGCGUCCUGGACCUCGGUUCAUCAACCAUCUACUGCUGCUGUGUCCGGAAUUUACCAUCCAUACGUCCACCAGACCCAUCUUUCAGACAACAGAUACGUGCGCUCCUGGAUAGAACCAGUCUCAAACCAUAUCUCUCUAUCGGGGCUCCCCUCCAGCAGUCGGCACAGCGGCACAAAGACUGAAAGUUUACCCUCGAAAAGGACUGAAAGCGCGGCGUUUGAAACGGAGACGCCGGUGGUUCCCGAGUUUAGCUGCAGCGCUGUAUCCGAGAGCGUAGACAAAGCGACUGAAGAAACGGGUGCAAAUGAUAUUUCGAGUCACAGUGAACCUAAAGACGAAAAACAACAACAACAACUUGACCCAAGCAACCCUGCAGCAAACUGGAUCCAUGCGAGAUCAACAAGAAAGAAACGUUGCCCUUACACAAAAUAUCAGACUCUUGAAUUAGAGAAGGAGUUCCUUUAUAACAUGUAUUUAACGAGGGAUCGUCGUUAUGAAGUUGCACGAAUCCUGAAUUUAACAGAGCGGCAGGUUAAAAUCUGGUUUCAGAACAGAAGAAUGAAAAUGAAGAAGAUGAACCGAGAGAGGAGCAGCAAAGAUCCUUAGUGAACAGUGAACAAUGUGCUUCAGCUCAAAAGCUAAUGCGCGUUCCUGUAAUAUGCUUGGUUUAGGAUACAAUUGUUUUCUUCCCUUUGUACUUAUUCAAAUGGCAUAUCUUCUGUUUAUAUAUAAAUGAAUGAAUAUUCCACAAAUUCUAAAGUAGUUAUAUUUGGCUUAAAAUCUGUUUCCCAGCACCAUGGUUUAGUUCAUUCAGGAUCGGAGAAUUCAGUUUCGUAAAAUUCCGAAGUUACUUAUCCUUACUCAUAAAAAUCCUACCACAAAAAUGUCUUAUAGGAACUUAGGAUAUGGGUCGUGAUCUGAACAGUUCUUAAUGAGCUGAUCUUUAAAUCUGCCCAUAAUGCAUGCAAACCCCGCUCUUCGCCUUCAU